AUUUUGUGUGUUGCUCUGGAUUUCCAGCAGCAGCAGAAUCCCUUUUAUUUCUGAUUAUGUAAUUUGCAUUUGAAAUUUUGUUAUGAGUUGUAGAGGCAGAGAGGGGAUGAUAAUAUUAGUUCUGAAAAUUCACAGCUACGGGAACAGGUGAUGUUUCAGAAAGAUUAUCAAAUGGGGUUGUACCAUUUGAAGUAAAGAAUAAAAAUGGGGCAAUCACACUCUUGGAUGUGGAUUGCACACCUCAACAUCCAAGGAAACAUACAUUGAAAAAUACAUUUGCUGGCAAAUUUCUGUUCUACAUUCUGUUUUUGGUAUGCAGGGAGUGUCAAAUGUAUUGAGGACCUACAUUGCAUUUAGGAACUGGUACGCCGCAGGCCCAAGGGACGGUGGAGGAGAGGAGAUAAUUCUAAUUCUUAGUUUUAGGGAAAGAGGCCGAGCCCCGAACGCUAUAGGCCGCUUCAGAUGACGCGAACAGCUCGGCAGAAACAGGAUUGCUGGAGGUGGAAGGCCGCCCCCUCAAGCGGUGCUUCGGAGACGGAUCCCCGGCAGAAGGGCAGUCCUUGCCGAAGGUGGGGCCGCUGUCAGCAGCGUGGAGGAUGUUCGUCCUGUUCAGCGUGCUGAUCGCAGCCGGCCUGCUGCUGGCCUGCCUCACCGGCUAUGUGCUGGAAAACUACACGGCGCAGCUGCGGGCGCGCGGUGCAAGCGGCCAACACUGGCGGGGAGAGCAGCCCCCGUACCCGGCCGGGGGCAUGGACAACAUCUUCUGGUUCCUGCAGGUGUCUGACAUCCAUAUCAGUAAGUUUGUCGAUCCCCAAAGAGCCCCGGACUUUCAGAAAUUUUGCACGGAGACCAUUGAUGUAAUUAAGCCAGAAAUCGUUUUCGUCACAGGGGAUCUGACGGACGCCAAAGAAAGGAACAGGAUAGGAUCUCAUCAAUAUGAGAUUGAGUGGCAAACCUAUCAGACUAUCCUGAAGAAAUCCAGAGUUUUGGAAAAGACCAAGUGGAUUGAUAUCAAAGGAAAUCAUGAUGCUUUCAAUAUUCCAUCACUUGAGAGUGUCAAUAACUACUACAGGAAAUACUCAGCAUUUAAAAGGGAAGGUUCCUUCCAUUAUGUACAUCAGACUCAUUUUGGAAAUUACUCCUUCAUCUGUGUCGAUGCCACUCCAAGCCCUGGCCCCAAAAGACCAUUCAAUUUCUUUGGGUUGUUGAAUCAGAACAAGAUGGCUGAAUUAUCAAAGCUAGCCUCUGAAGCAGUCUACAGUAAUCAAACCAUUUGGUUUAGCCAUUAUACUACUUCCACAAUCAUCUCAGCAUCUCCUGGAAUACGGCGAAUCAUGAGUUCUGCCAUUGCAUACCUCUGUGGACAUCUCCAUACAUUAGGAGGCUUCAUGCCUGUUCUACAUAGCAGGCAUGAACAUGGGACAUUCGAACUGGAGCUGGCUGACUGGAUGGACAACCGGAGGUACCGUGUGUUGGUGUUUGACCAUGAUCUAUUUAGUUUUGUGGAUCUGAAGUUCGACAAGUGGCCUGUAAUUGUCAUCACUAAUCCAAAAUCCACUCUAUAUAGUAGCCCUGUACAUGAACCACUGGGAAAGAUCAGGCACUCUACACACAUCAGGGUCUUAGCCUUCUCCCCAGCUGAAGUCACUUCAGUUCUCAUCAAGAUUGAUGGUGUCUUAAUAGGCAGUGCAGUCCAUAUCAAAGGUCCACUUCAUACACUUCCCUGGAAGGCCAAGGAUUACAGUAAAGGAAUGCAUUUCAUUGAAGUCCAAGCACAGGACAAAGCUGGACGAACCACGAUUACAGGCCAUAAGUUUACAAUGGAAGAGAUUGAGCUGCUCACUUUUGACAUUAUGGCUUCAUUCAUCCUCCAGUCUUCUCACUAUAUCAUGCUCAGAGUUAUCUUUAUUUUGGUCCUUCUGGCUAAUAUCCUUGUAAUCAUUGCCUUCCGAUACCUGACAAAGCCACAGCUUAAAGAGAGCCCUGGUUUCUUCACUCUUGCGAACUUUUCAUUCCAUGUAUUCUCUAAGACCAACGUACUCUAUUAUCCUGUCUUGCUGUUCACAUGCUACAUAGGAGUGGGGCCUUGGUUCAUCGGUGAGAUAGUUGAUGGCUACUUUGGAGCUUGCUUUGUCUUUGGUAUCGUAGUUGACGGUCACUUCUUGGAGGGAGGUCUGACUUUUUUCAUUGGAAUCCUUCAGCUGACAUUUUUUAACAUUCCGCUGCUCUGCUACCUGUGCUGGUGCCUGCUUCUACGCUGUCGAGGGGCCUUCUUUCGGUCCCACAUCAAGUACGCUGGGUGGAUCCGUUCUGUCUCCAUGCACAUCAUCAUGAUGGGACUUCUUGGGUGGCAAGUCUAUGCCUGCUACUUCCUGCAGAAAACCUAUGGAACUGCUGCCUUUUUCCUCUCUCCAGUGAGGACGUGGUCAGUGAUUUUGGCUCUGGUACUUGUAUACAAGGCCUGGAAUCUCAAUAACUCUGCUAUCAGAACGUUUAAAGCUGAAAUGAAGAAUUGCCCCUACUCUUGAUGGCUUUAGGGAGGACAGCUAGGGUUUAAUACUCACCCAUCAAACUUCGUAACAUCCCAUCGUAUCUUUUCGAAUGCAACAUAAAAACAGAAUUCACAUGGGUGACUGAAAAGUAUUGCAAAGUUUACUGCUCCUUUAGUCGUUUCUGUCAAAAUUCCAACACAGUUUAAUUCAGGAAUCAUUCUGCAAACUGGUUAAAAUGGAAAUGAUACUCGUAAGACUGCUGGAAAUCAGCUAAUGUUUUUUUGUUACAGUGCCCUUACUAGGUGGAAGACGAAGUGUUUGCUUCCUUUCUACAGGCAUUCCUUCACACUAGAGCUGGGUGUGAAUUCAAUAAGGUAGCUGCUUCCACAUCUCAACAUCAGUUUUCAAGAAUAACCAGUGACAUAAAGUGCAUGUGGUCAUAUGAAGAGUAUUGAACAAAAUUUUAAACAUUUUAAAAAAUAAUUGUUGUGCAUUACUCUGUAAUUCAUCUGAAUAAUUUAAGAAAUGCAGCUUCACUGUAGAAGAGAAGAAUAUUUUGGAUGCUGGAAAUCUGAAAUAACAUGAAAUAGAAUUGCACAGUAAGCAUGAUAGCAUCAACUUGAAAUAUUUACCCUAUUUUUCUCUGACUGAGCAAGUGCUGUACUGCCAGAUGUGCCCUUUUUAGGUGAGGUACUAACCCAAGACUGUGUCAGCCCUCUCUAGUAGACAAGAAGUGCAUCAAGGAGUAAGGGAAUUUGGCAAAGUGUCCUGGUCAAUAUUUAUUAAAAGUAACUAAUUGGUAGUUAUGUAAUUAGUGACCAGGAGAUCCUGCGUUUCAUAAAUCAGCUGUCUUAUUUUCUACACUAUAUCAGUAAGUGUUCUUGAAAACUACUUCAAUGGCUGAGAUCCAGAGUAAUGCUGUAGAAGUCUCCACAAAUGCUAUUUUACCUACUGUGUUUGCAGACUACUGUAUUUUUGAUUGUAAAUUGUUUGAAUUGUUAUCGAGGCAGUUCCUAAACUGUGAUUGCCAGAUAAACUUCAAAUUUUCACAGUGUUAAAUCUCUGCCGCCACUUUUUUUGCCUCAGACCAUUACUGGUGAUUAUCGCACAUGUCCUGUUCUUGCUGUUCCAGCACCAAGUGGAGACAAGGAUGCUGGUGGUACACCCAGGUCAGGGCAACUGUCAGUAAAAUUUGGAUUUCUGGCUGGGGUUU